ACUGAGGCAGCGGGCGCUCUCGCUCGAGCCCCGGCACACUCUCUGAAACCUGCCGGUCCCUUUCUGGGGAUUUUUAAAAAAAGGGCCGGCUUAAAUAAAACGGUUACUCGACAAAGCAGACGCGCUAUCGAUCUUACCCACCAUCCACGUGCGUAUUCAUCGAGCGGCCGAACAGAAAACCGGCGAAAAUAAAACCCAGCCCCGAAAAUCUACAGGAAAAACCCCCCACCCCCAAUCAGACGCUGCCUCGGCAUCACUGCCCUUCGUCAUCACGUCCGACGUCUUUCGUAAUGACGGAGAGCACGCUAGCGUGAUGACGUUGUUGACGUGUUUUAAGCGCGCUUCUGCUGUCGAGUGUGACAAUGUAACACUCCUUCAUUGAAGAAAUGUGUUAAAUACUGUUACUACUGUUACAUUGAAGUCAUGAAAAUAUCCCAGCAGCUCCAGCAAUGUCCUCCAUCUUUAUUUCCUGAGAACAAGUGCUCAGAAGAUGAGUUUGACACUCUGCUUUCAACACUGCCUGAAAAACUUAAUCAGAGAUUGCUUCCUUUCCAGAAAGAAGGAAUCAAGUUUGGCAUUGAAAGAAAUGGCAGGUGCAUGAUUGCUGAUGAGAUGGGCCUUGGAAAGACUAUUCAAGCAAUUGCACUGGCAUACCUCUAUAAACAGGAAUGGCCCUUGUUGAUCGUGGUCCCAUCCUCUCUCAAGUAUCCUUGGAUUGAAGAAAUAGAAAAAUGGAUUACUGAACUAAAUCCAGAUGACCUCAAUCUAAUUGAGUCUAAAAAUGACAUAGGGAGAAUUCCAACCAGCAAAAUUACCAUCUUGGGCUAUGGUCUGUUAACAAAUGAUGCACAGACUUUAGUGGAUGCUCUUUACGAGCAAAAUUUCCAAGUUGUCAUAGUUGAUGAGUCUCACUAUAUAAAGUCACGUAAUGCAGCACGAAGCACAAUUUUGGUACCUAUUGUGCAAAAAGCUGCGAGGGCAGUUCUGUUGACUGGAACUCCUGCACUUAGUCGCCCAGAAGAGCUUUUCAUGCAGAUUGAUGCAUUACAUCCAAGAAGAUUUGGAACAUGGACUGAUUAUGCUAAGAAAUAUUGCAAUGCUCAUCUUAGGUAUUUUGGCAAACGAGCUCAGUGGGAUUGCAAAGGAGCUUCCAAUUUAGAUGAGCUUCACCAAUACCUGAGUAGAAUAAUGAUUCGACGAAUGAAGGAUGAAGUUUUGUCCCAGUUGCCUCCAAAAAUUCGACAGCAAAUUCCAUUUGACUUGUCAAAGGAAGCUACUAAGGAAAUGAAUGGCAGCAUUGAGGAGUGGGAGAAAUUAAUGAGAGAGCUGUAUUCGAGUUCAGCAGAGACUGAUAACCCCUUCAUACAAGUCAUGGGUCUCGUCACUCGCAUGUAUAAACAAACUGCUGUUGCAAAGGCAGGAGCAGUGAAGGACUACAUUAAAAUGAUGCUACGUGAUACAAAGUUGAAGUUCUUAGUUUUUGCACAUCAUUUGACUAUGUUGCAAGCUUGCACAGAGGCUGUAAUAGAAAGUAAGGCACGGUACAUAAGAAUAGAUGGUAGUGUUCCAUCUUCAGAAAGGAUUAAUCUUGUCCAUCAGUAUCAAAAUGAUCCAGAGACGCAAGUUGCAAUCCUCAGCAUCAAGGCAGCUGGACAGGGUUUAACAUUUACAGCUGCUACACAUGUUGUCUUUGCUGAGUUAUUCUGGGAUCCUGGUCACUUGUUGCAGGCUGAAGAUCGGGCUCAUCGUAUAGGACAAUGCAGCUCUGUUCAUGUUCACUAUCUUAUCGCUAGAGGAACAUUGGACUCUCUCAUGUGGAGCAUGCUGAAACGUAAGACUCGUGUAACAAGUAACACAUUAAAUGGAAUAAAGCAACACUUAGAAGUGGAAGAGGGAGAUAAAGAAAAGUGGGAUUUCUUGAGCAAUGCAUUGGCCUGGGUGCCAAAUAAAAAUAUUUCAGCAGCUGAAGAUGGAGUGUUUUUUACCCAUUUUGAGAAAGAAAAACAGCAUGACAUCCGCUCAUUCUUUUCGUCAAAACCUGACUCCGGGGAGAAACGCAAGAGAACCCUUCAAGACUUACCAGUCAGCCAGUUUUGUGAUACAUUCGAUCUGCUGGAAUCAACUGAUCCCCCCAAUUCACCUCAGCAAUCGCAAGGAAAACUAGAUGAAGUAAAUGCAAGAGGUGAUGAAAAUGAGAUUGAAGUAAUAUCCGAAACGAGCAAUGAUGAGCUGCUGUUAAAAGAUACAUUUGAACCACAGACUAAACGAUUUAAAUCUUUAUUCACACCAAUGAAAAAUCACACAAGAUCAAAAAAGAACAUGGCCAAAGGUGGGCUGACACCAUCCACAAUUAGAAUUCAUCAUACUCAAAAUUUCCUGGACAAAGCACAAGCUCCCUCAAGAAAACUGCUUGUAACUGAAAAAACAUGGAAUUGCAAAAUGUGCACAUUUACAAAUAAUAUCUUUCUGUCUUACUGUGAAAUGUGUGAAACUCCGCAAGGUGUUGGUGAUGAAAAAGAAAAAUAUUUGUCUUGUCAUGAAAAUCUUAGUGAAAAAGAAUGUAAAGGAGGAACCCAACCUGACACUGACUGCACUGUCCUAUCUGACCAGGAAAAUGAGGAAAAAGAUGAAUCAAGUACGCCGGCAGGGCAGAAAAAUAGUGAAGAACUACACAUCAAUACAGUGAAGUCUGAGGAAAUGCAUGUAGUUUUCAAUAUUGACAAAAGUAACAAUGAUAUUUCCAUAACUGAAGGAAGAAUGUGCAACGCCAGUCCACAGCAACAGGAACAAUCUGAUAUCACUUGCAACAGCAGUGUUCCAGUUUACGAUGGCUUCAUGUUUUGCGCAAGCAAAAAUACUGAUAGAAUACAUCUGUACACUAAGGACAAAGAACCUUUAAACUGCAAUUUUAUUCCUUUUGAUGUGCAAUCGGAAAACUGGGAAGAUUUGCCACCGUACUUUGACCAGAAAGAAAAUCGUCGUGUGCUUCUGCGUUUUGUACGAGAAUGGCUCAGCUUGUCCUCUAUGAAGCAAAGAAUAAUUAGGAAGAGUGGUCAAAUGUUCCGCAGUCCUAUUCUUGCGUUAGAAAAUAUAUUGAAAAGCCAACGUAGACAAGGCUGUACAAAAAGAUUUAUAACUAAAGAUGAUGUAGCUGUUGUAUCUCUGAAUAAGGCACAAAGUGAAGGAGGAACGGUGCGAGUAAUAGCAAGAGAGUCUGCAUUUCAUGGCAAAAUUAAAAUCAAAACUUCCAAUCAACCAAGUGAGGAAAAUUUGAACAACAACACAAGUGAAAGUGUCAAGAAUGAAAGUUGCAACAGGACUCCUGUAACUAAUGCCAUUUCUUUGGAAGUUGGCUAUGUACAAGCUGUGAAUAAAGAAGGAAACCCUCUUUGCCUUGCUUGUCAACAGCCAACAAUCCAGGUCAGCAAGUAUAAUAAAUCUACUGCUUGGGAUACACGAUAUUGCUCCCAAAAAUGUCAGGAAGAGUUUUUGAUUCGGUCGAAUCGAUGCUACAUGAGAUCAAAGGUUUUUGAGGCUGAGCGUGGAAUCUGUCAACAGUGUGGCCUCGAUGUACAGCAGUUGUUUCUUCUUGUCCGAGAUACACCAAGAACCCAUCGGAAAGAGCUACUUGAAAAUACAUGGCUGUCACAGCUUUCCCUUGAUCAGUUGAAUGACAUUAUUUUGAAUCCAACUGAGGGACAGUUCUGGCAAGUGGACCAUAUCAGACCAGUAUAUGGUGGAGGAGGACAAUGCUCCCUUGAAAACCUUCAGACGCUCUGUACUGUCUGUCAUAAAGAGAGAACAGCAAAACAAGCCAAAGAAAGAAGUCAAGCUAGAAGACUUUCAGAUCCUUCCAAAUGUGCAUCAGACAUCCGAAGGUUUUUUACAAAGAAGUGAAAAAUGUGCAGAAACCAUGAUAUAUUUGUAAAUAUAACUAGGAACCGGUUAACUGCUAGUUAAUUAAUGUACGUAUUAACUUGUUGUU